UUUUCCUACAAAAAUCAUUAGAUUCGCGUAAAGUUAAAGUAGCCAUUUAAAUGAAUUUAAACCUUUCUUUGAUAAUUUCUGACACUGAUGAAGAUCAUUUCAAUACGAAUAAAGACAGCAUAUCAAAUAACAUAUUAUCGUUUCAAAUAAUAUAUUCCGACCUAUAGAAUUUGCUCACAUCACAAUCAUGAAACCAAUUUCUUUAUAAAUUAAAGAAUUACCUAAAAUUCAUUAUGAUAUAAUAAAUAAUAUAAUAUUUGCAAUGUUCUAAUAUCAAUCUUUAUCAAAAUCAUACACAAUGUCUACAGAUUUAGAUGACUUUUUUGCUCGUAAGGAUAAAAGGAAAUUGGGUAAAAAAAACAAAGAAUAUAAGAUCGAAAUUGUUGAAUCAGAAAAUGAGUCCAAAAAUGAAGUAAAUGGCCAUUCUUUGCAACAUACUGAUAUUCAAAAUUCACAGGAAAGUGAUGGAGAAUGGAUCGAGGAAACACCAAUUGAAGUUGAUUUUGCAGCAUUAAAUAUCCAAAAUAUGGAAUCUUAUGUGCUUGAAAAUAUUAAUGACAAAGAAAAAGAAGAAAAUGAAAACGAGCUUGGGAAUGAAAAUAAGGAAAAGAGUAAUGCUGGAUGGAAAGUAGUGACUCAAGAAAACGAUGUCAAAAAGGAUCAAGAAGUUAUAGAAAAUGCAAAACCAGGUGUAUAUGUACCACCUAAUUUAAGAAAACAUAUAGUUCAAAGCAAAGUCUUUGUCAAUAACAAAGAAGAAUUUCCAAGUUUAAUUAGCCAAAAGUGAUAAUGAAAAAAAGAUGUGUACUUGGAAUUGAUACCCAUUGUAUUUUAAAUUAUAUAGUCAAUAACUGCAAAAUUUUUAUUUAUUAAAGUCAAAUUUAACAACAAUUAAUAUUUCUUUCUAUUAUAAAUCUUUAUAUAAAACUUGACAUUUUAUUUUGGGCUAUUUUAUGGUAUUUUAAUUUUUUAUAUAAUAUAAUAUUUGUGUUACAUU